GGGGGCCUCAAUUCAAUUGAAUAAGGAGGUGGAUACAUUUUAUACGGGCUAUCUUGGGAAACAAACGAUAAAAAACCAGCUCUUUGAAAAAAUUAAAACUGCCCAAUGGCGUUGGAGCAAUGGUGCCUUUAGUCAGCCUAAAUCGGAAGUGAGAAUUUAUAUUUACGAAUGCAGUUUCCCAUGCCUUUCUCCAUUGAAUAUGAAUGAUAUAACUCUCACUCUUCUUUUACUAUCUUUUUUUCCUUUCAUUCAUUUGCCCGCAGAAAGAUGAAAGCUAUUGUAGUAAAUAGAUGGUUAAAGGGUCCUGAAGAACUUGCCGUGAGUCAACAUGUCGACCUUCCAGCUGAACCCAAGCAAGGUGAAUUGCAAGUGCAAGUCAAAGCAGCAGGUCUCAACUUUUUUGAUACCUUGAUGAUUCAGGGCAAAUAUCAAAUAAAACCACCUUUUCCAUUUAUACCUGGUGGCGAGUUCAGCGGUAUUGUUUUAAAGUCCACCGUGCCCGCAUUUAAGCCAGGCGAUCGAGUCUUUGGUUCCGGCGCUUCUUAUGCCGAAGUGGUGAAUGUAUCCGCCGCGAAUGUGCUCCCCAUUCCUCGCCAUUUUAGUUUCGAACAAGCGGCGGGUCUUUACAUUACUUAUCCCACCAGUUACGCUGCCCUCGUGUUACGUGCUCAGCUGAAAGCAGGCGAGUAUUGUUUAGUGCAUGCGGCUGCGGGAGGCGUCGGAAGUGCGGCGGUUCAGAUUGCAAAGGCUUUGGGCGCCAAAGUGAUCGCCACCGCUGGAUCCAAGGAGAAAUUAGAGAUGGCCAAAAAGUUGGGCGCCGAUGUGGCUAUCAAUUACCGUGACAAAAAUUGGACAGAACAGGUGAAAAAGGCGACUCAGGGUCAUGGCGUUGAUGUGGUUUAUGAUCCCGUAGGUUUGGUCGAAGCAAGUACAAAAUGUACGGCUUGGAAUGGACGUAUAUUGGUUAUAGGAUUCGCUCAAGGAACGAUUGAAAAAGUGCCCAUGAAUCGCUUGUUAUUGAAAAACAUUUCAGCCGUGGGUUUACAUUGGGGAGCUUAUGUCAAGAAUGAACCUGAGCGUGUGCCUGAAGUCUGGCGCGCUCUAUUCCAACUCUUUGAAUCUGGAAAGUUACAACCUGCUCUCUAUCACCACAUCUAUACAUUGGACACAAUUCCAGAGGGCCUUCAAGCUAUUAACAACCGCUCUUCUUACGCCAAAGUUAUUGCUAGAAUUAGUCAGGAUGAGAGUAAACUCUAGACACAAUAAGCUGUUUGUCGUAAGCGCGUAUUUCAUGAGAUGGAUUUCCGAGUUAGCACCUCCUUUAUUAUUUUCUAUUCAACGAGUUUAAAUCUCUACUUUUUGUUCGUACACAAACAUACCAGUCAAUAGCUUACAAACCCUUUUUGUUUAAAAGAUCGACCUUGAGAUGAUGUCAUGGGUGGAAAAUCAUUUCCUUUUUUUGUCUAAAAUGGGUUUCAUAUCAAUAAACCGG